AUGUUCUGCAAAUCAAUCAUCGCCGCUUCCCUCCUCACAGCAGUAACUGCUCAUCAAAACUUUCAUCAAUUCUGGGUCAAUGGGGUCUCCCCAGGAUAUGAAGUCUCCAUCCGCAUGCCACCUUCCAACUCUCCAGUUGUAGACAUAACAUCGAAUGACAUUACCUGUAACGUCAAUGGAAACAAAAUACCUUCAGGUGUCAACACAACCGCCGCCAAUGAAGGAGAUGCUAUCACAGUUCAAUGGGAUUCUUCUACUCAUCCUGGGCCUAUCCAACAUUACCUUUUUGGUCCGGUUGCUGAUGCAUCCAUGGCUACUGGUGUCGGUUCAUGGUUCAAGAUUGAUGAGUACGUAGAAGUCAAUGGUACUUGGGCCUCAAAUAUCAUGAACGCUGGAAAUAUGAGUUACACCUUCAAGCUUCCUACGGGAAUGGCUUCUGGUGAAUACUUGCUCCGUUCCGAGAUGCUUGCUCUCCAUGGCGCUCAGACUGUCGGAGGCGCACAAUGGUACAUUGGAUGUGCUCAAAUUUCUAUCACCGGUACUGCAGACGAUUCUUGCGGUCCAUCUAUCGAGCUUCCCGGUGCUUACAAUGCGACCGAUCCAAGUAUUUAUAUCCCCAAUAUCUACUACGGUUUCGAUAUUUCCACAUAUAAGCCUCCCGGAGGAGCAGUUGCUACAUGCGGAGCCGCUGGAGGUAAAGCCCCUGGAGCUUCGAGUGCUACCACUAUCACGUCUAGCCCCGCUGUCGCAUCUUCUGUUCCGACCAACGCCACUCUCUCUGUUUCAUCAAGCUCUGCUAUUAUUUCAUCGAGCGCGGUUCUUGCUUCAAGCUCGCUUCCCGCCGCUGUAACUCCCGCCCCGACUACUCUUAUAACUGCUACAUCUUCUGCACCAGUUGCUACCAGCUCCUCUGUUGAGGUUGGCGAUGAUGAGUGUGAGGCAUAA